CAAUAAAACUUGAAGAUCAUCACUGCCUUUAUUACUCAACCCAGUUUAUUUAUUGCCUUUCUUCAAACCCUUCAGUUAUCAGUUUUUUCCCUUUUUUUCCCUCUCUCUUUCUCCAUGGAUUCUGGAAAUAGUGGAAGUAUGCAGUCGUCUAGUGGCGGCGACGAUGAGUUUGAUUCACCGGCUGAUUCCAUCUCCGCCGCCUUCUUAACCAAUUCACAAACCCACGCCGCUUCUUUCCCUCAAAACUUCCAUUCUCAAUCCUCCUCUGCCACCGCCGUCUUUGAUCCUCUGUCUAAUUUAUUUGAUCCUAGAUCUUCACUUUCUAACCAAAACCCACUUCUUAAUCUCGAUAUGGCUUGGUCCCGGCCUGUCAGAUCCGACCAAAUUCCCUCCGAUCUCCACCCCCCACCGCCUAAUUCCGCCGCCACUGAUCACACCUUAUCCUCAAUCUCCAAUUUCUCUGCCGGCGUUCAGAAUUUUUCUCACCCACCUGACUCUACUAAUUCCUUCCCACCCUCUGAAUUGCAAAAUAUUCCUAAUAAUUGCGGCGGCGAUGGUGGUGGUGGUGGUGGUGGUAGUAUUGGGGCGAACAUGGUUAGAAACACGAAGAAGCGGCCGAGGGCGUCUCGACGAGCUCCGACGACGGUUUUAACGACAGACACUACGAAUUUUCGUGCUAUGGUUCAGGAAUUCACCGGGAUUCCAGCUCCGCCGUUUACUGCUUCAUCCUCUUCCUCUCCUUUUACAAGAAACGCCGCCGCGAGAUUUGAUCUGUUCGGCGAUGGAAAUAGUAACAGAUCAUCAUCUUCCACACAUUUAGACGUUUUACCUUCCACACAACAAACUUACCUUCUCCGACCAUUCCCACAAAAACCGCCGUUUCUUUCUCCGUCACCGUCGACUUUUCUCGCCGGCGGCAAUUUGCAAAACCCAAUUUUUGAUAUCCAAAAUAUGUUUCAAUCCAACCCCAAAUUGAUCCAUAAUUCUUCCAACAACGAACAGAAUCUCAAAAUGGGUAUUUUCGAGGAGUUCGGUUUAACCACCCACGCCGGUCAUGGCCUCCCACCGUCCGGUCAAGUCUUACCCAGAAGCUGCAGCAACAACAACAAUGGCAACCACCAUCCUCCGGCGAACUGGGUCGUCAACGGCGGUGGUGGAGAAGCAAAUCAACAAGGUAUGAUCAAUUUAAGAUCUAGCAAUGGAAAUCUGAACGGGAAAUUGAUCCGUUACGCCGCCGGCACUGCAAAUUCGUCGGGAUUUCUCGGUGAUAAAGCGGCGGAGAAUUUAAGAGCUAGAACUGAAGGUAUGGUGGAACCAUGGAUUUGUUCUGAUUAGUUGAAAAAGGAAAAAGAAAAUCAAAGAAAAUUGGAAGAAAAUGAUGAAAGAAAAAGAGAGAAAUUACAGUAGAGAGAGAAAUAGAGAAAGAGAGAAUCAUCUUCGUUAAUUAACCAUCGCCAUUAUCAACCAUAAUUUGAAACACCUUCAUUUUCUUCCUAACUAUUAUUAAUUAUCCUGUAAAUAACAGAGAUCUAUUUUUAAUUAUUUCCUCAUUAUUCAUAUAAUGUUACUAAUAAUAUUAUUAUUAUUCAAUCUUCA